AUGCCGCAAGGGGCGGUAACUUUUAAGGGCCAUUGCGACUCAGUGAACACACUGCUUUGCGACGAAAGUGUGCACCCCAAUGUUCUUGCAUCUGGUAGCGACGACGGUACUUGUCGUUUGUGGGAUCUACGUACCACUCGAGUGUCAAAGUGCUUUCAUAUCAAGAGAGCACUAGGCACACAAGGCUCAGAAAGUGCAUACAUCUAUGUCGCAGCAGGCAACAAGGUCCUUACAUUCGAUGUGCGGCAGCCAGCGCUAAUAGUUGAACACACGGACCGUCCAAUAUUUCAGCAGAAUGAAGACGAGAUCAACACGUUGUCGCGACAUCCUGGAAAGAAUGGCAAGUUCUUAUCAGCUCCGGAUGAUGCGGGCAACAUAUGUGUUUAUGACAUUGAAAGCCAUCAACUAUUCAAGAAGCUGAAUGGCCAGCACACCAAUAUUUGUAGUGCAGCACCUUUUCGUCCAAACGCUCCAUGGGACCUUGUGUCGGGAGGAAUGGAUGGGCUGCUGUUAUUUUGGGAUUUUUCUCGCGGUCGACUAAAAUUUAGUAUUGACCUUAAUACUGGGCUAAAUGGAUUGGGUGAUAGCGCUCUUACCAAAAUUCGUAAUGGAGGCACCCAACAAAUGGUGAAUCCACCACUAGUGCACUCAUUAGUAUUCGCACCGAAUGGCAAGUCAUUUGUUGCGGGUCUAGGAGAUGCCAGCAUAGCUGUUGUCAAUUUUAAUUCAAAGCAAAUUGUGCGCCGUUUAGAACACCAUAGUGCGAUGGUUUCCCAAGUUCACUUUCCUGCAUUUCGUGCUGAGGACCGUCUCGUGUCUGUUGCUAAUGAUGCGAAGGUGUGUAUAUGGGACUACCAGGCUGCACUUACCCCCGACAUUAUGAUAAGUGGUGAUCAUUUAUCCUCAAAUUCAUAUUUAGUGACGGAAUUUGCGUUGCCUAAAAGUCCUAAUGCCAUCACCACUACGUACCAUCAGAACUGGAUUGUCGUUGCAGACAUGUCAAAGGAGAUUAAAGCUUACUCUGCCGUGGAAAGGUGA